GGGCGGGGCCGUCCCAGAAGAUGGCGGAGGCGGGGGAUUUCUGGUCGGUCCUAUUUCAGGGCAAGAUGCGGUUCUGUUGAAACGCCAAUCUGCUUUGAUUCACAGACAAGUCGUUUCAGCUGGGAAGCCUUUUUUUUUUUUUUUUCCUGCUGGCCUACUGAACUUAUGAAGCCAUGGCAGAAGGAGAGACAGAGUCACCUGGGCCCAAAAAGCGUGGUCCUUACAUCUCAUCUGUAACUAGCUGGAGUGUAAAUUUGAUGAUUCGAGGAGUAGUGCUGUUUUUUAUUGGAGUAUUUCUGGCACUAGUGUUAAAUUUACUUCAGAUUCAGAGAAACGUGACCCUUUUCCCACCUGAUGUGAUUGCAAGCAUCUUUUCUUCAGCAUGGUGGGUACCACCGUGCUGUGGCACAGCUUCAGCGGUGAUUGGGUUAUUAUACCCCUGCAUUGACAGGCAUCUAGGAGAACCCCAUAAAUUUAAAAGAGAGUGGUCCAGUGUAAUGCGGUGCGUAGCCGUCUUUGUCGGUAUAAAUCAUGCCAGCGCUAAAGUGGACUUUGAUAACAACGUACAGUUGUCUCUCACACUGGCUGCACUCUCCAUUGGACUGUGGUGGACUUUUGAUAGAUCUCGAACUGGUUUUGGCCUUGGAGUAGGAAUUGCUUUCUUGGCAACCUUGGUCACUCAACUGCUAGUCUAUAAUGGUGUUUAUCAAUAUACUUCUCCAGAUUUUCUCUAUGUUCGCUCUUGGUUACCAUGUAUAUUUUUUGCUGGAGGCAUAACAAUGGGAAAUAUUGGUCGACAACUGGCAAUGUAUGAAUGUAAAGUGAUCGCAGAAAAAUCUCAUCAGGAAUGAAGAAGGCAAAAAUAUAUUUUUUGUAUAGAGAAACAAGAUGAAAAGGGCAUGUACAUGAUAGAUAUACCAAUGAAACUACGGAUUGUAAAAUUGCCAGUAUGCAGUUUUUACUGUGAUUAUUUUAUAUAUAUAU